AUGGCUUACGUCCUCUCUCUAAUGCCCCAGAGUCCGCUGGGCUCUCCUUACGACCAAAAGAGGUAUGAAAGAUCGUGGUCGUCAUUGGGCAGUACGGGAACCGUCCAUCGACAUCGCUCGAGACAGCUGUCAGCCGGCUCCUCGGCCUCUGUAGCUUCGAUAUAUGGUACACCAUGGCGCUCACUCUCGAAACACGGCACGCCACUCCGAUCGACAUCCGACUCGGACCUUGAGAAUGUGACACACCCCUCAGCCCUUCGUCGUCCAACUACCGCAAGCAACAUAUCCCGUCCUCUAAGCGUCCCGCCUUCUGUCCCGCAACUUGUGCCUGCCCUUACACCCUUGCCGUCUCCAGUCGAAUCGGAUCCUCUUCUUACUACACCCGCUCUGAGAAACGAGCGUUCUACCUUGGAUCUUGUCGACGAAGAAAGAGGCGAUUGGGAUGAAGACCAUGCUCUGCUAGAGUCCGAGACAUAUGACAGCUCCGCACCACAUAUCGAUCCUCUAGUGGUAGAGCCGCCCGAUGUCACGCCUACCUCGUCGUCGCACCAACCCUUCUCUAGAUGGAUGAACACCCUGAGACUAAAGAAGGCCUGGUACAAAAAUCAUGUCCGGCCAAGACUCGACACUCUCCUACAGCAAGCAAAUCAGUCGGCAAUAACUUCACCAGAACCUUCUUUCAGAGGCCAUCGUAAGUCAGGGUCUUGGGCUUCGUCCACUAACUUCAUCACUGCGGUCAAGUCAGCCACCAUCACCGUUGCCAGUGCAAGUAUUGCUCCCUUGUCGAGAUCCGCCAGCCGGAGGUCUGGUCACCCCAGGCUCUAUCGUGGAAGCAGUGGGUGGUUUGAGUCAGAGCCCCGAUUCUCCACUGACAGUGGUCGCCCCUCCCUGAGUCUCAUCAUCGACGACGCCGCCCGUCAAAGAGCAAAGAAGCGACGUGAGAAGAUUGAAGAGCUGGUCAAGACUGAGGAGAGCUAUCUUUCAGAUCUCAAGGCUUUGAGCAACGCAUACUUCACAUUCUUGCCGCCAACAUCGCCAUUUCCAGGUCCUCAAACUCGUGCUUCGACUCGGAGUAAUAUCACUAACCUGCUCCAACUACACACUGAGUUGUUGGAAGAUCUGCACCAAGCAAUACCUUUCUCGGACCAUGAUCAAGCAAUCACCGAAACAUCAGCGCCAAAGCGUAAGCCUUACCAUGUCAGAUGGCACAGCGAGGAUUCUAUACCUGUCCGCAGACCUCCUUUGGGAACCAGUCACACUGGAUGGUCAAAUCGCUAUUCGCUUGACUCGCACAGAGCUCCAAGCCAGGAGCCGCUGUCUCUAGCCUGCACACCAGCUACUGCCGCUGAUGUUGGUCGAGUCUUUGCAAAAAACAUCAAACGAUUUGCGUUGUAUGAAGAGUACAGUGCCAGGUGCGAGUUCAUGCACGACGAUAUCGACCUUACCCAGAAGUCGUCCUUCUCUGUUUGGGACUACGACAAAGCCAUCGAGACACUCUCUGCAUCUGUGAAUCCUGUCAAGAGUCGAGAAGCAAAUCGCAGAAAGGCACUUAGUAUCAAAGACCUACUCAUCAAGCCCAUUCAAAGAAUCACUCGCUACGAUUUGCUCUUCAAGGACCUUUGCAGACUCACACCUUCUUGCGACGACCCCACUUCGCAUGCGGUGUUGGAUGAUGUUCUUUACCGCCUGGGUGAGACGUGUCGCAACGUUGACGACUCGAAAGACAACCCGGACAGGCUUCGACUCAUGGAGAACUCCUGGAUUCUCCAAGAUCGACUCUGUUUCUCGGACAAGAUUCCACGCGAACUCCUUCUCCAGCGUCUCGGCCGCUUGUCCCUUUGCGGCACUCUGUAUGUUGCCUAUCGGAACAAACUCAAGUUUCAUGGAUGCUACAUGAUCUGUACUCUGUAUGAAUCAUGUCUUUUGCUUGCUCUGGCAGAUCGUUCUUCAUCAAAGUACAAGGUUGUUGUUGCCAUCUCCCUGGCAUCGGCUAGUAUUGAAGAGAGUGACAAUGGCAAAGGUCUCCAAUGCCACACAGCACCAUUUACUUGGAAGAUCGUGUUUGAAUGCGCCGGCAAGAUGUAUGAGCUAAUCGUUGGAGCAUGCUCAGAGAUCGAGGAGAACGUCUGGAGAGAUCGACUUGCUGGUCGAAUCGCCGUUGAAGCACAGCAGGUUUCUGAGGGAUCCAGUUUUCCUCUCGAUCUCCAGUCACCACUCACUCGAGAGUUGCGCAGUAUCGGUAAAGCUUACGGAAAGGCUAGAGGCUUUGUUCGAAGACUUUCCAUCCAGCGUACUGCGACCAUGGGACCGAUGGUAGACAGCAACCAGGUCAUCAUAAUGCAUACCUCAGCUCCGAAAGUUGAUUUGACCAACUCUUCGACCUCUUCGCUACCUGGCCGCUCAAAGUCACUUCCAACCUCCAGCGGUGUCCCCAUACUGGCACCGAUGAGGGCAGAGCGUAUCAAGGUGGAGGCCAUCAUGUUCGAUGUCUGGACAAAGGACUCAAUCCCCUAUCCAGGCAUGGGCUCAAGGCGCACUGAGAACAUUUUCAAGGACACGGCCAACGACUUGCUCCGCAAGCUGAGCAUGGCCAGUAUUGCGAGCAAUUUCUCCAGGCGAUCGAUGAGCUAUACGAGUGUCCACGGUCACGCGCCAACGGAGAAGCUCGUCAAAGCCAAACCAGUGCCACGCCCUGACACUUUCAAGCCGAAGCGUCCACCUCUUGUCAACUUUCAGAAUGCACCGAACGCAUUCUUGCCAGAGGAUUUCGAGUUGCAAGGACCGGAUUCGAAGCGCACACGUAAGCUGGGAUUGCGGACAUUGACGAUGACGGAUCGCCCAAGGUCGCCCUUUUUCUUUACAGAAAACAAGGCACCGGAAGUCAAGCGAGCCAAGAGCACGACACAGGCGCGUGCACCAGUAGAGACCGAGGUCAAAGCUGAAACGGUGGAUGGAUCGGACAGGAAGGACAGCUUGCAAGCACUGCAGAGCAAUGUCGGCAACAUGAUUGGCAGCGAGGCGAAGAAAGAGGCCAAGGGAGCGGAAUCUGACACGAUGAGGAAGAAGAGACCAAGACUCUUGAGGUAUCUGACCAGCAAGUCUUGA